AUGGCCUCCAUCGACCUCUUCACCCAAUACCCCCUCCACCUCGACCCAACCAGCAAAGCCAUUUCCCUCAGCAACACCACCACCACGCCCCUCCCCACGCCCACCAGCACAAUAACCACCGAACUCACACAUCUCAAUGCACUCCACCGCUCCCUAAUUUCCCUCGACCCGCCCAACAUCCCCCCUCCCCCACUACCCAUCAACCCCAAGCGCAGCGCCCAAAUCACCAAACUCCGCGACAGCGCCAACACCGCAUACCGCAAAUCGAACCACGCUGAGGCGGCUCGCCUGUACACAUACGCCAUCGAUAUGGCGUUGGGCCGCCCCGGGUGGGAACCGGUCACGCUGGCCAGGGACGAGUUGGCGGGGUUGUAUGCGAAUCGGGCGCAGGCGUGGAUGAGCCAGCGCGCGUGGCCGGAGGGGUUGGUCGAUGCUAGAUGUAGUGUUGAGAGUAAGCCCGUGGCGAAUGUGAAGGCUUGGUGGAGGGGUGGGAGGUGCUUGGUGGAGAUGGGCAGAUGGGAGGAGGCCAAGGGGUUCGCGGAGAAGGGAUUGGAGAUUGAGGGGAGGAAAGAAGCUGCUAUGUGA